AUGAAGCUCUCAGUGUUGUGUUUAUGUGUUCUUCAUCUGAUGUUUGUCAGCGCGGGACUUCUCACCAGCAACGAUCUCCAAAGUGGGAGCAGUGAUAUGGCAAAGAUCUCCAGGAGGGCAGGUGGUUUACCAAGCAAAUAUAGAACACUGUUUGCAAGAAGAGGGCAGUAUGAACAGCAGAAGCUUCUGAUGAUGAGGACUAAAGGGAUGCCUGAUGUUCCAAAGGACAGCAAGGACGCUCAAAAACCUGCUUCUGCUGUAUGUUCCCAGCUGGGACAAAGCUGUUUGCCCCAACAGGGCUGCUGUGAGCCCUGUUCCACUUGUCAUUGCCACUUUUUCAAAGCCAUCUGCUUUUGCAGGAGGAUAAAUAUGCAAUGCAUCAAAAAUACAUAG